AUGGAUCUGCUCCCGGGAGAAUCCCGUGGGUAUUGGAAGCAUCAUUCGCCAGGCAAAUGGUUUUGUCAGGCGAAGAUCACAGGCAAGAUCCACAAUGAGAAGACGAUCUUACUCUUAGAUACCGGCGCCGAGGUGUCCGUGGACACCGCUUUUGCACGUAAGAUUGAGUGCUAUAUCGACCCAAGUCAGAUCCAGGAUUGUGUGGGAAUUGGUGAUAAUACGUAUCGGAUGGAAGGAAGAACCCGGAUCAAGGUAACUCUUGCUGGAUCACUGGUAUAUUUCUUCGAUAUCUGGGUAGCUGAUCUGACUGGCCAACAAGCUAUACUCGGUAUGGACUUCAUGGUUCCAGCCAGGAUCCGCCUGGAUCUAGCUCAUGGGUCGAUCAGUUUGCGGAUGAAGUCCGGAUCCAGCUUAGCGGGAGACGUCAGUGACAAGGUGAAGAUCGUCAACGUCGGCCAAUAUCUUCGGAUCCAAGCAGGAGGGUCGGUGGAACUGCCAUUGCGCCUGAGGUCGUCGAUCCACGACAAGCUGUGGAUCACGCGUGGGGAUCGAUGGGUGCCGACAAUAUUCGACGGACCAGGGAGACCGAAGUAUAUAUCGAUCACCACCAUUGGAGACGAGGUGCUGAUCUUGCACCGAGACCAACAGAUUGGGAUCUGGCUGGCUGGAGACCAUGUACCGCGAAUACCAGGUUUCAUCUCGAUCGGCUCCCGUCGUUACAUGGAGUGGCAGAAUCUAGCGUUGGAAGCUACGACAGACACUCGUGCCGAAGAGAUGGAGGUCGAGGUCCCGCUGGUGCUCGCGGUGGAGCGGCCCGAGUACGAAACUCUGCGUGCAAUACUCCAGAGACCGAAAGCGACGCUGAUCCAGUGUCGGAAGUGUAAUCCGUCGAACGAUGAGCACGCCGCAUCUAUGACGCAAAAAACGAACAUGAAUCCAUCGCCUGUUGUUGAAGAUCAACCAGGCGCGUCGGAUCUGGACCUCACCUGGGACUCAGAUCAAGAUUAUGAUGAAUACGUAUAUUACCAUGAAGGAAGCGAUCUGUACGCGGUCCAUGUCGACGGUCAGAUGGCGGUACUGCCAGAAGUGCCGGCGACGACGGAAGAUAUGAAGAACGAGGACAUUCAGCUAUGUGGAUCUGAUAACCAGACCCCAGAAGAAAUUGAUCGACUUCGUCCAAAGAUCUGGAAGUUCCGACACCUCUUGAUCGGUAAAAGAAAUUCCCUUCCGCCGCCAGCUAGAGGUGUGGUGUGCGACAUCGACUUCAAGGAGAAGCUGGCAGACUUGAUCAAGGGCCUAUUGUCUGCCAAGAUGAUUAACUACACUAGAUCACCGUGGGCUUCCCCGAUCGUGGUGAUCAUCAAGAAGAAUGGAGUGGAUAUCAGGCUAUGCAUCGAUUAUCGGCUGGCUAAUAACCUAACUCAGCUGAUGGUAUACCCAAUGCCCUUGAUCAACGACCUACUCGAAGAUCUGGAGUCGACACUUUGGUACUGUUCUUUGGAUAUGGCGAGCGGAUUUUGGGUAGUGAAGAUGACGGAUCGUGCUCGUUGGAUCUCGGCUUUUAUCACUCCGUUUGGGUUAUUUGAGUGGAAUCGAAUGCCUUUCGGCUUGAAGAAUGCGCCCCAGAUCUAUCAACGCAUGAUCGAUAACGCAUUAUAUGGAUUCACCAGGAUCCCCAAAUGUGAAGAUCACGGAAGUGCUCUGGAUGUGUUUGAGGACGGGAAACCAGUGGAUCCAGGCAAGUCGUCUGUGCUUGGUCGCAGAUCAUAUAUCGAUGAUAUCCUGAUCCCUGCCAAUAACUGGGAUCAACUAUGCGAUCGAGUCGAAGGUUUACUCGAAGCGUGUGAUAAGUGGAAUUUGUCGAUCAGUGUGAGUUUCUGGGGGAUGCCUAAGAUGGAAUAUCUCGGCCAUAAGGUCUCUUACAAUGGACUGGAGGCAAACCCGAAGGGUCUGUCGGCACUGACUGAUCUAGCAUUUCCAGGAUCGCUCAGAGCUAUGCAGUCAUUUUUGGGAAGCCUGAACUAUUACAGUCGGUUCAUCGAGGACUAUGCGAUUUAUGCUUCGGUCUUGUACGAGUUACGGGAAAUCGACUUCGCUGCGAUGAUGAAAGACACCACCCAAGCGCAGAUCCAACGGAUACUAGAGGUGGAGAGCGUGGAUCAAGGAUCACAGGAAGAUCAAGCGAUCGACCACCGAAAGACCUUGGAUCCGGAGGCACAAGAUCCGACUGAAGUGGAUCCGCGUUGGAUCCACGCCUACCGGUCCUUCAGAGUGCUCAAGGCCAAGAUCGCUACUACUCCGAUCUUACGGCACUUUGAUCCAGAUCGAAGUGCUACGAUCGUAGUAUAUGCCAGCGACUGGGCUAUUUCAGGAUCAUUGAUGCAGGAGUAUGAUAAGAUCUACUACCCCGUGAUGUUUGCGAGCCGUACCUUGAAGUCAAAUGAGCUGAAUUACGGAAUCGCAGAGAAGGAAGUGCUAGCCCUUCUAAGGAUCCUGGAUUUUAACUACAAUGCACUGGCCGGACGUCCGAUCCAUGUGUUGACCCGACACUCUAAUUUGGCGUGGACGCUCGAGAUCACCAAUAUCGGACGCGACGAGGAUCUAUACGUCGUUAGUUUCGAUGGAUCUGCCCGUGUCAAGAGAGGUGGAGGCACCUACAGCCCAAUCUUGUGGAAGCUUCCUGAAUGGAGGGUGUUGAAGGCUAGAUCUGGGUACGCCGAAGGUUUGACGGUAAAUGAGGCGGAAUAUUAUGGGUUGUUGCUAUGUUUGGAUGUGUUGGAAGAUCUGGAUCCACGACGCCUGGUGAUCUGCGGAGACUCAAAUCUGGUGAACCGCCAAGUACGAGGUGAGAUCGACUGCAAGGCGCCGGCGGGCUUUGGAUCGACUUCGCUCUUGGCCGGAUCACGAGCCAUUGCAUGUCAAGCGAGAUUGGAAUGGGAGUGCCGACAGCUUAGCAAGUGCCGUACUACAACGACAGUGUGGGAUCGAGGUCGAGACCGAAGAGGAGAUCUAGGAUCUAGUGACCUUGAACCGGUUGGAUGA